UCGCGGGAAAAUGCGCUCGUGUCUUCCUGCUGUGGCUGAACAACUUUUCCGAGAUAUCCAGAAAAUCUACCAGGAAACGUCUCAAAUUCCCAAUGACUUACUAAUUGCGCUGAAGUUUAUUUUUGGGUCUUCUGCCCUGCAGGCUCUGGAUCUGGUCGAUCAGCGUUCAGUCACCUGCGUUUCAUCUCCCAGCGGACGUAAAGCCUUCCAGGUGGCGGGAGGCUCGGGCCGUUUGUACACCUGCUUCUUGUCCUGUCACUACUGUCCAUGUCCGGCUUUCGCCUACACUGUGCUGCGCAGGAACGGUGGCCUGCUGUGCAAACACCUCCUGGCUGUCUACCUGUGUCAGGCCAUGGCCGUGACUCAGCAGGACAGCGUGUCUGAUCAGCAGAUGUCUGCGCUGCUCAGCGGCACGUCGGCUCGGUGACGGCAGGACGGACCUGCACACGCUGGGAGGAUGGAGGCUGCUCCUGGACGGCCGCCAGCAGAGGAGAGCAGAGGUCAAGCAAACUGUCACUGUCUCGGCUUCUUCUUGCGUUGCCAAACCGAUGCUGCUUUAUUUAUUUUUCUUUGAAAGUGUGCCGUUAUUAUUAAUCUGCUUCCGAAGAUAUAAAACGUCUCCAUUCAUCUCCCCUGCGUCUUAUUUUGGAUUUGCUUUUAUCUGAAGCUGCAUCAAUCAAGAAGAUAGUGAGGAGCAGAGAUAUUUCGAAAACAGGAACUAAUUUCCCAUCCUGUCAUUUGUUAUGAGAAAUUGCUACAUAACUUUUUAUCUUCUAAACCCGCUUUAUCCACCCCGGAGCUGCAGGAUCGCAGAUGAACCACAACAGAUCAGAGGCAGUUUAUAGGCUUCAGCUGCUGGGAGGGAGAUGAGAA